AAAAGAAAAAAGUGAAAAUACGACUGGAUUUUAAUUCGAUUUUUUUCAUCAUAAUGAACUGGUUUUGCGUUGAUUUAAUUCUCCUUAUUUCUUUCUCUUACGCGUAUAAACAAUGUGGUUGAGUGAUAGUCAAAAAAUUGGUGUUGGUUUGACUGCGUUUGGUCUAUUCUUUAUGAUGAUGGGUGUCAUGAUGUUGUUUGAUGGAGGUUUAAUGGCCAUUGGCAAUAUUCUGUUUUUGUGUGGUAUUACAGCUAUUAUUGGACCCAGAAGUACUUUUGUCUUCUUUUCGAGAAAAGAAAAGUUGAGAGGCACCAUUUGUUUCUUGGGAGGCAUUUUUCUAGUCCUUUGCAAAUACCCAUUUUUUGGAUUCUUGGUAGAAAUAUUUGGGUUCUUGAACUUGUUUGGUGAUUUCUUCCCUGUCGUCUUUGGGUUCUUGAAAAGACUCCCUCUUAUUGGCCCCAUUCUUAGUCACCCUGCUCUCUCAAGAAUUGUACCUAGAGAAAGUCGUACUCGAGUGUAGAUAAUAAAGAGCUGUAUCCAUCAUGUGUUCGGCUCGGAUCUUGGGACAUGUAGAACGUGCUUGUGGUACUGUCCUUUUUUUUUUUUU